AUGAGUGGUACCGCGAGCAAUGCCUCGUUCUUUUCGUUCGGCCCCAAUGACAGCUACAUAUCCAAAAGCUUUGCGGGACUCAAUUAUCGUAACCUCCCUCCCAGCCUCCAAGAACUCCUCCUAGGUAGGUCUGUUUCCGAAGUACAUUGGGCAGCUCUAGGGCCGAUAAGCGAAUCCUGGAUCCUGAGUUCCAAAGACUCAUCGGGCAGAAACAGCCUGCAGUGGGGCUCAUCUAUACCUUCACGACUCCAGAGUAUCCUGACUAAAACAUGGCACUCUCCACACCUGCGUGCCUUCUUGGGGCCCGACGAUUCCUUCAUCAUCUGGCAUCCUGAGCUCAUACGUUGGGCUAAUCUGCCGCCGAGCCUAGAGGAUGCCGUACAGUCUUGGUUGACACCUUCUGGAUGGCGCGUAGGGCCGCCACGCAUUGUAACAUGGGGUCCCGAAGGCGCGUUCUUCGCUAUGAGUGAGUACGGUGACGUUGUAUACCGUUUAGGUGAUGUAGAUGCCUGGGAAAUCUACAAAGAGACGGUAGAAGAGUGGAAGGCGGAGAAGGGGUUUCUCUGGAGCGAUCUGACUUUCAUCACCCUGGAUCCCACUAGCUCUGAUCAAUUCAUCGCAAUCCGGAACGAUGGGACAUGGGCUGGCUCCAUUGACGAUGUCAACGAGGAAGCACUGGAGACUUUUGCACUCAACUUCUUUGCUCGAGCGAAGAAGAAGUCGAAACCUAGCACAUCCCAGUCGAGCGGGCAGAUGCCAAACGGUAACGACAAGUCUACAGAGGCGAGACCCGACGCCGCGACGCAAGCCCUCUACGAAAAAUGGUCUACAGAAGCGGCAGUCAUGUUCGCAGCCGCAUCAGCAGCAGCCGGAGGCUCGAAACCCAAAGCCCCACGGAAACUCCAAGUUCGUUCCCAGUCCAGUAGCUCAGAUGCCUCUAGACCGCCACUGCACCGCACGCCAUCUGCAUCGCCAAAAUUACUGUCCAUGUUCCCCUACCUGCCUAACACGAUUACGACCUGCAAUCUCACAGCGUGUACGAUUCUCAAAUCUGAACCAGAUAGUAUACACGCCUGCCAACACGACGUAGCAAAACUACUUCGAGCAAGCGGUUUGUAUAGCUACGAGUGGCUACGUCAGGAGCGCUUGCGAUGGCAUCCAGACCGCUUCGGACGGCUGUGCGAGGAAGAAUGGAGAGAAACUGGGAAGAAGCUCGCUGGCGAGAUGUUCAAACUCAUGAGCGUACUGAUAGAAGAUCUCAAAUCGCAUCAAAGUGAAGGUAGUGGUAGUAGGGAUGUAUAG